UACAGGUCAGGGUGUCUAUGGGAACACAGUGUUCUCGUCAGCAGCGGUACAGCUACAGUACAGCCGGAACAUUGUGUUACUUUGUGGCUGCUUUCCAAGACCUGCCCCUUUAUUUUACGCUAAACGCCCUCCUACAACUCUACUCUCUCUCUUUUCUCUCUCUCGUGCGCCUCAACCUCUCUCUCCCACCAGUGUCAUUUUGAAGUCUAGGAUCCAUGGGGCUGCUUCAUCGCCACUAGAGAGGACAGGGAUGAAGGAAACACGGGGCAUAAACAGCGCGACAUAAUCGCCAACUGGGCAGAACAUUGAGUCCCCUGGAUAUGAGAAGAGAGGCGCGGGCUUGAACCAGGAGGAAAACAAUAUCUACCGAUUGAAUUUCAGCGGGUUGCGGGAAAAAAACUACAAAAAGGAGCGCAAGGAAAUUGUUAUCGUGUGAUGCCCACACACAGAAAUGACCACUGAUCAGGAUCUGACUAUGGAUGGCCAGGCAGCCACAGCCGUGUUUGCUGCAAAGGGCAUUGAUGUAACAACUAGUAAAGACCAAGGAGUUAUCAAGGUUGUGAAGCGUCAGGGGCUCGAUGGAGAGAGGCCGAUGAUUGGGGAUAGGGUGACCGUCCACUACACUGGGAAGCUGCUCACCGGGAAGAAGUUUGACUGCAGUCGAGAUCGCAAAGAAGCUUUUUGCUUCAAUGUGGGCAAAGGACAAGUCCUCAAGGCCUGGGAUAUCGGUGUGUUGUCGAUGCAGAUGGGCGAGGUGUGCACAUUACUGUGUAAACCAGAGUACGCUUAUGGAUCUGCUGGAAAUCCGGAAAAAAUUCCUCCCAACUCGUUAGUUGUGUUUGAGAUGGAGCUACUCAAGUUUGAAGGAGAGAUUCUCACAGACGAUUCCGGCAUCAUGAGAAGAAUAAAGGUCAAAGGUGAUGGUUACACUAAUCCCAACGAUGGCUCAAGUGUUGAAGUACAUCUUGAGGGAAGGUGUGGCGGUCGACUGUUUGACUGCAGGGACGUCAUUUUUAUUGUUGGUGAGGCUGAGGAUAAAGGCGUUCCUCUCGGAGUGGACCGAGCCAUGGACAAGAUGCAGAAAGGAGAGUGCUGUAUACUUCACUUAAAACCAAAGUAUGGCUUUGGGAGUGAAGGUAAACCUGAGUACAAAAUUGGACCAGACAGAGACAUAGUAUACGAAGUUACCCUAAAACAUUUUCAAAGGGCAAAAGAAACCUGGGAGAUGGACUUGACUGAAAAGAUAGAUUUGGCUACUGGAGUUAAGCAUAAAGGGAAUCAAUAUUUUAAGGUAGGUCUGUACCACCAGGCAGUCGUCCAGUACCAGCGUAUCGUUUCCUGGCUAGAGAUGGAGUGUGGUUCUGGGAUAGAGCAGCAGAAGAGGAUACAGUCUUUUAUGUUGACAGCACACAUGAAUUUAGCGUUGUGUUUCCUGCGGAUAAAAGAAUUCUCACAAGUUGUGGACAACUGCAACAAGGCGAUCGAGCUUGAUGAGAAAAACGAGAAGGCUUUGUAUCGCCGGGGGGAAGCCCGUCUCCUUCGUAACGAGUUCAACAUGGCCAUGGAAGACUUUCAACUCGUGCUGCGAGUCAACUCUUCAAAUCGAGCGGCACAUGCUCAGAUUUACAUCUGCCAGAGCAAGAUUAAGGAACAUCAUGAACAGGACAAGAAGAUCUACGCCAACAUGUUCCAGAAAUUUGCAGAACGGGACAACAAGUUUGGAAAGACGAAGAGGAGGCAUGAUGAGAGCAUGAGGAUCGGCAUGAAUGGUGAAGUGGGCAACAAAAAAGGCCGGAGGACUCAGGACUGUCCAUCGUAAAAUUGACAUUUAUAGGGGUGGACAAAAAAAAGACAUGCUUUCCAAGUCCAGGGAGCAGCAACAAAGUUGUAUAAAAGCCUCUAAUCCAAACCUCUUCAUCCCCAAAUCCAACAUUACCAUUCCCACAUACAAAGCAGCGUAAAGAUGGACGUUUGCAAGCCAAACAGCAUUUCCCUUGUGACAUGGCCUGUGCAACUUCCAGGACAUACCUCCCAAUAGAAUUAAACCUGCAGAAUCGGUGAAUUAAGAUCGGUUAACACUUCUGGCCCCCAUCUUUUAUUUCUUAAAAAAUCCAGAGAAAUUCCAUUAAUUUGUCAUUAGUCUACAGUGCAUAGUUGACCCAGCCUUGAAAAACACCUGCCGUCUGAUCACUUGAAACCCACCAACACAAGCAACCUGCACCUCCUCGCUGGCAUUGCACCUGCUGAUAUUAGACGGAAAGUUGCCAGCCGAGUCGAGAAAACAAAAGCUACUAGCGAUGAACGCCAUCUCCUCCAUGGAUGUCACCCGCCGGCCCAACGGAAGAAACCAGAAUACAACUCUGGAUGGAAAAACUUGAGAAUGAUCCACCUCCAACUGACAUGGGAAUACCCCCCACUGAAAACCUACCCCCUGGCCAAGAAGCAUCAUGGGCUCAAUGGAAAACCCUCAACCGCCUUAGAACAAGAACGGGACGAUCCAAAGAUGCUCUGGUCAGAUGGGGCUACAAGACUGGCCCAACCACCUGUGAAUGUGGACAAGCAGACCAUACAAUGGAGCACUGCCUUGUCUGCCCUCUACUACCUAACCCUUGCAGCCCAAAAGACCUUGCAGUAUUCAACAAAAAUGCAAAGGACUGUGUAAAGAAAUGGGAAACUGCCAUAUAACUAUCACGCUUCAGUGAAACGAAAAGAAGAAGAAGUGUAUCGUUCAGAUGUGCCUCCAGAGUGUCUUUCAUAUUCCCAAACUAUAUGUGCUGUUAUUUAGACCUCUGGCUUUUAUUAGGUAUUUAGAAAUUCUCCUCAAAACAUGGAUGUCCAAUCUUGGUUUUAUCACCAGUAGAAACCUCAAGUUUCCAACCAGCAGAAGCAGAGCAUAGAAUCUGAAAAAAGCCCAAAAUAUAGAUCCUAAAUUCUUCCAAAACAUAAAUCUUUUAUUCUGCCAUUUUAUAAAAAUUUCAAUUAACUGCACUUGGUUAUUGCUAGAAUUGAUAUUAUUUUGUGACAUUAAGCUGCUACCUAUACAGGCAAAUUAGUAUAUUUAUAUAUUUUUUAAAACCAAACCUGUUUGGUGGUGCACAGAUUAUUUCCAGAAAUAUAAUUAAAAUUAAGCCCCUUGUUUUGGGCAUAGCUGGAGCAUUGUUUUGCGAUGGAUAAGAUUGUGCACUAAAAUAAUGUAUUCAUGAGUACCUGCGGAAUUGGUAAUUUUUUAUUUGUUGAAAGCUUGUUUUUGAUCCAUUAAACACAUCACACAGAAUAAGUAAGUUUACCAGCCUAGUAUUGUAGUAGAACAAUGAUUACGAUGGGAAUGAUAACAGAUAACAACAUCAUUGUGAUGGACUGACUAAGGUGGCAGCUGCAAAAAGUUCAAUGAAAUAAAAAUAAAAUACAAAAGAUGAAAAAUAUAUAUUCGAUGAAAUGUUACUCCUCGUGAGCUUUGGUGGAUUUUAGUGAUUAAUGACCUUUUACAGAAGGAUGCUUUUGAUCAUACUAUCACCCAUAUGACCGCCCCUGUAUUUGAAAGGACGGAGGCACCCUGUGGGUGCAAGUGGGAGUGGGACACAGAAACCACAAUUAAGCUUUAAAACCAUCAUCACCACAGUCUAAUCUUUAAGAAAUCUUCAACAUUUGACAUCUGUAGGUCUUUUUGCCUGAGUCCCGGAAUGCGUCUCUUUAUUUCACUGCAUCUAUUUCAUUUUUUUAUUUUAAAUGUGUGAAUGUUAGAUAGUGGACAGUGUUGCACAUCGAUGGCAAAUCAAAACUGUUAUCUUUUCAUGAAAUGUCUGGAUACGGUCUUGACAAUAAUUUUAAGAUGUUUUAUGAACAUUGGUGGAUUCAGAAUGAAAACCUUAGCUGUCUUAAAUAUUUUGUGUGAAAAAAAAUCCACAGUGUGUACGUGUGUUAAUAUAUAUUGUUGUAUGUUAGUAAGGCUUUGAAAGAGCCUAUUGCUUUAUGUUUUCAAGUACUGCAGGCUCUAAACAUUCAAACAUUUUGUACAUUGGAAAUGAGCAUGAAGUACAUUUUUUCUAGCAAUUAUAAAUUGCAUUUAAGCAUAUACAGAAUAUGUAUCCCUCCUUGUCAACAACAAAAAGAUUUCCCAGCCUCUCCUACAUUAAUUUUUUAUAACUUGACAGGAAUAAAUUGUAAACAAAAAUGGACAGACCCAGGCCAGAUAAAAUGCAGCUGGUCCAACUACAGCACUGCCAAUGUGAGAUUGAAUUAGAACUGUUAUGUGGUCCAACAUGUUUAGAUUUUCAAUUGAUCUUCACCAUGUAAAGCAACAUUGUAUUUCACCGGCAUUUAUGCAAAAUAAAUAUUUUCAGACAAAAAACUAAACAAGG